AUGGCAGUUUUUCACCACCAUCAUCCGAGCGCAGACCUGAGGCGGCUCUUCCACCGACUCACCAUCGCCUCCUCUUUGAGCAUCCUCUGCUUUUCACUUGUCUACCUCCUCACAGGAUGCUGCGAGUCGGAACUAACAGAAAACUCUGAAAUCAAGACACCCACGCGCGAUUUCUUUGGGUCAGGAUGGUCUUACGAGAGAAAUGGCACCGUUGCCCAAGAGGUUACCGCCGAUGUUGGUGAAGGCGCGCUCAGCCGUCAUCACGGGCUGGAGGCGAACAGCUCGGGGAAAGAAUGGACAGCCACUCGGAGGCUACCCCAGGCUCUGAUCAUAGGGGUUAAAAAGGGAGGCACCAGAGCUCUGUUGGAAUUUCUGCGGCUCCACCCGGACGUCCGCGCCCUGGGGUCGGAGCCGCACUUCUUUGACCGGCAUUACGCACGGGGACUGGAUUGGUACAGAAGCAUGAUGCCCAAAGCCCUGGAUGGCCAGAUUGUUAUGGAGAAGACACCUCGCUACUUUGUUACCGUAGAAACGCCAGCACGGGUUCAUGCUAUGUCACAGGAUGUGAAGCUGAUUGUGGUCGUCCGUGACCCGGUGACCCGAGCUAUAUCUGACUACACACAGAUCAUCUCCAAGACCCCAGACAUCCCUCCAUUUGAGAACCUAGCCUUCAAAAACCGCAGCACAGGUCAGAUCGACUCCCUGUGGAGCCCACUGUGGAUUGGCCUGUAUGCCCAGCACCUGGAGCGCUGGCUGGCUUGGUUCCCCAGGACUCAGAUCCAUCUGGUCAGUGGAGAGAGGCUCAUCUCCGACCCGGCCGGAGAACUGGGCAAAGUCCAGGACUUCCUGGGCCUCCAGAGGAUCGUCACAGACAAGCACUUCUACUUCAACAAAACGAAAGGAUUCCCUUGCCUGAAGAAGCCGGAGGGCAGCAGUAAACCUCACUGCCUGGGGAAAACCAAAGGCAGGAUGCAUGCCUCCAUUGACCCGGAGGUGAUGCAGAGACUGAGGGAUUUCUACAAACCACAUAACCAGCGCUUCUACCAGAUGGCAGGACAGGACUUUGGAUGGCAGUGACCCUUUGACUGUGGCUUUGGUCACAAUUACACUGCUUUGGGUUGAAGCCUGUGCUAAUCUUUCAUCAGAUAGAAACAGAUGCAAAGACUCAGAACACAAAAUUUUCCACAUCUGACCAGCAGAGCAGCAUCUCAGACACUUGAUAAGAAAAAUCCAGAGUCAGCACAUUCACCUGUACCAAUCAAUCAUCUUGAUCAAGUAUCUGGGUGUCAUUUUAAA